AACGGACAACGACGAGCAGCAAAGCAAACAAACCAACAUGGAGUUGCCCUCUGUUGGCCAGCAUUGCUCGCUCAGCAGCUGCACACGACUCGACUUCCUGCCAUACACAUGUCCGGGUUGUCAGCAAGUGUUUUGCGACAAGCAUUGGCGGCCAGAGCAGCACCGUUGCUCCGUCGAGACGUUUGACGAUGUGAAAGCGCUGAAAUGUCCCCUGUGCAAGGCCAAGAUUCAGCCUGUCAAAGGCCAAAACCCAAACAUUGCAAUGGAUGAGCACAUUGAUUCUGGUUGCAAAAAGCACAAGGUGCGAAAAGCCAACCCGAACCGAUGUAGCUGUGCAGGCUGCAAAGUCACUGAAGUCAUGCCGUUCCUGUGCGACCGGUGCCUGAAGAACUACUGCCUCAAGCAUCGACAUCCAGACGACCACGACUGUGCGGGCCGAUCGUCCAGCGCAGCGCACACAAAACGGUCACAACCACGGACACAGCCAAGGUCACAACCGCACAAAGCGCGCCAGCACCAGCAGCCACGACAGCAGCAGUCGUCGUCAUCGUCGGCCGCGAGGCACCAGAGCAGGCGACCGGCGGGGCAGCGGCUGAACGACGCCGGAUACGGCGCACAGCUGGACAGGCAACGCCAGCAGCGCGCUCCAGCACACCCGCAGCAGGCGCAACCAGCCGGGCUGAGCGAGGAGGAGGCUGUAGCGCUGGCGAUGCGGGCGUCACUGGAGGAUGAACAGCAGCGGCAACAACAGCAGCGGCAACAACAGCAGCAGCAGCAGAAGAAGGGGAGCGAGUGCGUGUUGUCGUAGGCGUGUGAACCAGUACUAUCAUGCAUUGCCAUGCACCUGUCCCUUCCCUUGCUUGUCCACUGUUACUUUUUUUUUUUCCUUGUAUAUUUUGCCGUGUUUCGGCUUGGGCGCACAGGAGAAAGGCGAGAGCAAACACGCGAUGCACAGACAACACAACAUGGCA